AUGGCGGCACAGCAGACCAUCAUCGCCGAGACGAUACGCGGCAUGAAGCUGGCCAUGCGCCGCCGCGACAACGACUCCGACUCGGACACGUCCAUCACCCAGCCCACCAACCGCGGCAACAAGCUCAAACGCAAUGCCCGCCAUGUGCGUGAGGGUCGCCUAGACACCACCCAUGGUCGAAGCUACAAGAAGCGCAUCGACUAUGCUGGCUACGACCGCUACAUCCUCAACGACAACCCGCUUCGCUUCGACGACGACGGUGAUCUGAUAGACGACGAUGACGACGCAGACGCAGACGCAGACGAGACAGAUACAUCUGGUCGAGACGACAACCCGUGGGCCGACACAAAACUCGAAGAACUCCUCGCUCCCCUCACUUCUGCCGCUCACCUCGCCAACCACCCCUCGCUCUCAGUACCCUUCCUCUCGAGACCAAUCAGCGAAAUGGCAGAGAACGCUCGUCAAGCUAUGCACCGCGAGAAACAGACCUUGUGGCACAUCAAGCAGCUGCUGCUGAGGUUACGUGGUGACGACCACUGGAUUCCUAUUGGCAAGCUCGAGUCAGAACACGAUCUCAUGCUCCUUGAUCCCUCGGCUGCGCCUGUCGACGACAACAUGUCCACCAUCAUGCCUCCCGACACUUCUGCCAUAGAUCACUACAGACCAGACAACAAUACACAACAACAACACGAGCCCCCGCAGCAGAAUGGCUCCCUACCAGAUGCUCUCGAUCAACAGCAGAAUCCAUUCGACACUCUCCCAUCGCCCGAUGCCUCCCCCGAAGCCUUGACCCAACACGCAAUGACAACCAGACGUCAGGCGCGCACCUCUCCGACCCCCGAUCCCAACUUUCCUUCUUCAUCGCCCGCUCCUUCAUCCAUACCCUCCAUCCACGGCUUCUUUCACGUUCCAGAUUCCGCUCUACCGGACCGUGACUACGGUCUCCCAGCCACCGAAGCUGACGAUACACGCCGCCUAUUACUACUCUACUGUCAAAAGCAAGAACAAGUCGUCCGCGAGUCUGAACAAAUGCUGGAAGGUCUACUCAGAGCUGAUCGCAUGAGAAAAGACGUCUGGCGCUGGUGCAAGACUGAAAGUCACAUGGGUGAAAUGAGUGAUGGCGAAGAUUGGUACGACAUGGACGAAUGGAAUCUGAGUACGCCUCUGCAAAAGGGCAAAGAAGAGGAGGAAGUAGAAGAUGAAGGCAGGGUAAAGGGCAGGCGAAGACGUGGUGCCCAGCACUAG